AAAAUAUUGGUGUUCAUCUUGCGAGUGUAUUGCUAGCUAAAGAAACUCGAAAAAUUGACAUGGACGACGAUAGCGAUCAGGAUAAUCCGGUCGAAGAUGACUACUACGCAUUCCUGAAUAUUUCUAAAAAUGCAACCGCGGAAGAAAUUAGCAAUGCCUAUCACAGGCAAAGCAGGGUAUAUCAUCCUGAUAAGCACAGAGAUCCUUUAAUCAAAAAAGAGGCAGAAGUUUUAUUCAGUCGCAUGAAAAAAGCCUAUGAAGUUUUAAGCGAUCCACAUCAAAGAGCUAUCUAUGAUUCAGUGGGAAUUAGAGGAUUAGAAACUGAAGGUUGGGAAAUUGUGCAACGUACAAAAACUCCUCAGGAGAUCAGAGAAGAAUAUAAACGUCUUGUGCAAGAAAGGGAAGAGAGGAGGCUACAGCAACACACGAAUCCCAAAGGCAGCAUUACAAUGAAUGUAAAUGCUACAGAUCUGUUUAACAGAUAUGAUGAAGACUAUGAAGAUAGUAGGGAUCUCCUUUCGUGCAUUGAAGUCAGUGGAAUGACAUUUACACAGUCUAUUGAAGCACCUCUUACUUUAAGAGACACUGUAACUAUGUAUGGUCAGUUGGGUACACAAAAUGGCACAGGUUCUGGUUCUAUAAACGUCUCCGCGAGACGAUUGCUUUCGUCGAAAGGUUGGGUAGAAUUUGAUGUGGGUGCUGGCAAUGGACCGAUGGUAUCCAUAAAAGGUUUCCGCACAUUAACAAGGAGAUUAUUCUGUGACGGUGCGACGAUAUUACAAUUUACGUCACGCGGAAUAAGACCCGGUCUUGUAGGAACCCUUGCAAUGCAAUUAGAUAAACAUACAGUAGGGUAUCUCACAUAUAGAGCAGGAAUACAAAGUGCUAUGAGUACAAUGAUAGUAAGAGAUACUUCUAGUUCGUAUACUGCAUUAUCAAUACACUUGGGUAUCUUACAGUCUUUUGUCAGUCUUAAUUAUACCUAUAAAAUGGAGGAGAAGCAGAUGAAGCUACGCGGAAGUAUAAAGGCCGGAACAUUCGGAGUAUUCGUGGAAUACGGAGCAGAGAAAAAAGUAUCGCGGCAUAGUAGUCUUUCCGCGGCUGUACGCGUCGGAUUACCAACAGGAGUCACUCUAAAAGUGAAAUUGAAUCGUGCCUCACAAGCGUACAUGUUUUCGAUUCACUUGAGCGACGAGGUUCUUCCGGCCCCUGUGUUUUAUGCCACUGUACUUCCUAUAGUCACUUGGACUAUCGUAAAAAAAGUCGUGAUCGAUCCUCUGGUGAAAGAACGAAAGGAGCGCGAAAAAGAGAAACAAAAAGAGAUGAACAAAUCGAGAACGGAAGAAAAACGAAAAGAAGCUAAAAUUGCUACCGAAUUAAUGAAAGCCACAGUUAGCAGAAUAAGAACCGAAGAGGAGUCGAAAAGAGGAUUAAUUAUCACCAAAGCUUUGUACGGACGAUUUGUAUAUCCUCAAGAGGACCGAUCUUCUUCGGAUGAACAUUUACAUAGGGACGAAGUAAUAGACGUAACCAUUCCUUUACAAUGUUUGGUGAAAAACUCUAGACUGGUUCUACACGAUGUAUCCAAGAGUCAGUUACCUGGAUUUUAUGAUCCAUGCGUCGGAGAGGACAAACAAUUGUUAGUACAAUAUUUGUUUCGUACUCGAACGCACGAAUGUAUUGUAAAGGACAAUGCGCCACUCAGAAUACCAAUACCAUCACACGCAGUAAAUACAACAUGACGUAUGCGACACCAUAAGAAAAUAAAGUGAAAUCAUCGCAGUACGCGAUGUUAACUUAUACCGCUUCACUGAGGUUUUUUUUUUUUUAAAUCAUUUUUAGAUUAAAUUUAAGCAAAUAUCAUGUUGGAGAAAUUGAGUGUUCAUCAAUAAUUUAUGCUUUGUACAAUAAUUUCAUUUUCCCAGAAUAAUUAUUUGCAUUAUAUUGUUCCACUUUAGAUUCGAGCAGAGAUACAGGUAGAGGACUGAUUCGCCUUAAUAGUGUGUUUAUAUAACUUAAGCAUACUGCAAAUAAUUAAAGUUUUGAAACAUAAAAAAAAAACUAGUUACACAAAAGCAACAUUUGAAUAUUAUCUGGAUUUUUCUAGAAUUUUAACUGUCAAAGUUGUAUUUCUUGCACAAACGUAAAUACAUUACUUUUAAACAUUUACAACUACUGCCCAUAGGAGAGAAAUAAACAAUAGUAUAUUCUUAAUAGUAUAUUCUUAAUAGUAAGUGCAACGAUUGCAUUGAACUGUUAAAUAAUGACUGAAUUGUUAAACGAAAU